AUGAGAUCACGUCAAGACCAGACGGAGUUAGGAGCGUGGUUGUUCAACGAAUGGCUCCAAACAGUCAUACAAGAGGGAGCUGUCGUGGAAUCUCCGAAAAUUCGACUUGUUGAAGGCAGCACUGGUGCAACUGCAACUCAAAAGGUUUUUGGCACUUUUAAGGCCGGCCAUGGUUAG